UUGAAAAAACAAAACAAAAUAAACAUUUUAAAUGAAGUUUGUGAUGAUGUCCCAACCACCUCAUUGAUAAAUCACAUACUCUGUCAGGAUGUCUAGUGAAUGCAGGUCACAGUUUAUGGUAGUGCCUUGGGUAGGCACUGUUACCUUUAACUCUUAUUUAAGGAAUCUGAUUACUGUUAAGACCAUAACUUUAAUGAAUCAUUUGCACCAAUCCAGUAUAUUCAUCUGUGCCGAGAUUUUCCUAAUUGGCCCCAUGUGGGUGUAGUCUCCACACAUUUUGCCAGCUGGGGACAGCAGCUGUCAAUCAAACAGCAUCUUUAUAACUUGCUCGAGAUGCUGCAUCAUCGCAUCUCGGGAUAAACCAGAGGACUGUCAGGUGCUCUGUACACUGCGAAUUCAUUGCUUCUCUGGUGCUUAAAUUUGAACAGGUGUAAACUCCAAGAUAUAUUGUCACAUUGUUUUUGGACAUUUUUUCCACCCAGGGCAUUUUUCCCCUACAUUUCCUGCCUGCCUUCGAUUAUUUUUUAAAAAUCAUUUAUUAUCUUCUUGUGACCAGAUCAGCGUCUUCUGGAAACAAUGGAUAAGCUUAGUGGGACCAAUGGCACUGUGGUGAACAGCUCUGUAGACAUGUGGUCAUUUAGUGAACACGAUUCCUUCCAGCACCUGGACACGACUGAGCUCAGGGUCCUGGUGCCAGCUAUUCUGGGAGUCAUUUGUAUCCUGGGCGCGGCUUGCAAUCUCACUGCGAUGGUCAUCCUGUUCUCUAAUGCGCACAAAGGCAAACUGUCUCUCAUCAACUCCCUCAUUUUCAACCUGAUGUUUGCAGAUGGGCUGGUACUGAUGUUUACAGUGCCUUUCAGGGCUGCCUCAUACUCCAAGACGAGCUGGAAUCUAGGCUGGGUGGUGUGCAAGACAGCCGACUGGUUUCUCCAAUCCUGCAUGGUUGUCAAGAGCUUCACCGUGGCUAUCAUGGCUAAAGCCUGCUACCGCUACGUGUCAAAUCCAAACAAGCAGGUGAGCAUACACCUGGGCUCCAUCCUGGUGGUGCUCUUCUUCAUAUGGCUGUCUGGCUGCACUGUCACCAUCCCACACUGGCUGUUUGCUCGGCUGCAGAGAGAGAUCCUUGGGCUGGUGUGCGUAAUGACGGUUCCUCCUGAAGCCCAGGAUUUCAUGUCUGUGUAUGUGAAAGCGUAUCCUCUGGGGGUCUACUGUGCACCUCUGAGCAUUGCCCUGAUAUAUUUCUGGAAGGCUUAUGGCCAGUGCCAGCGCCGUUCCAGUAAGAGUCAGAAUCUGCGUACACAGAUCAGAUCCAGGAAGCUCACUUUAAUGCUUUUCAGCCUCACUGUGGCCAUGGCUGUCCUCUGGAUUCCUCACUGGGUUGUGUGGCUUUGGGAGCGCCAGAUUGCAGAAAAGGAAUCUGGCGCUCAGCCCCUUAUUUCCUCUCCUCCCCUUCUCCUUAUCCUUUCUGCUCAGCUGCUCACCUUCUCUCUGUCUUUGGUAAACCCUCUCAUUGUCCUUUCUCUCUCUGAGGAGUUCAGAGAGGGUUACAGGGGGUUUUGGAGGCGCCUCACCCUGCGCAAGCAACCGCCACCUAAGCCUGGACCCCACAACCCCACCACUCUCCAGUCCCCUUGUCCUAGACCAGAGACCUCAGGUCAGCUACGGGGGGAGAGAAGCCUUCAAUCAGGCUGCAGCAAGGAAGCCACCAGGGAGGCUCAGCCUCAGCCGGAGCAAGUCGGACCAGAAGGAGGAGGGAGGGAAGCGGACACCGUGAGUCUUAAAGAUGGGAGCAUCUUGCCUGAUGUGGAGCAGUUCUGGCACGAGAGGGAAGGUGGAUCACUCACACAGGAAAACGACCCUGUGCCGUGGGAGAACCAAAGCAUAGAGGAAAAAAAUAGCUGCCACCUUUUCAGCCGAUCAUCACCCGACUGAAGCUGAGAGGACUGCAGAGUGCUGAACUGUAAAUAAUUGUAAUUCUGUCAGGUGUGUUUAUAGUAUUAUUCAAAGGUAAGAAGUGCAAUCAGUGUGAAUGUGGACUACAUCUAUAUCUGUGUAAAUGACCGAAUUCACAAUAAUGUGUUAGCAUUACUAUAUUUAGAGUAAGGUGAUUUUUGGUAGCUGUACAUAGAAGCUCCUGGCAAUAAUGAUUAUGUAAAUUACACAGUAGAACAGAUCUGUAUAUCCUGUAUGUCAUGGUGUUUCUGUGGAAUAUUUGCCAGCUUAUAUUAUU